UCUGCAAACGUGCACAUGUUCCCCUUUGGGAAAAGCAUUUUCUUUCUUUCUUUCUGUGACAAUGGGACACAGGGUCCUCCUCCACAGUCAUUACUGCAACAUCAGACAGCAAAGGCGGAGCACCACGGAGCCAAAGCACCCUUGAGGAAGAGAUCCUUGGGGGACACAGGGCGUUGCAUACAACUGGCCAAGAUGUUGAAGAAAACCAUGACAAGCUUUGGCAAGAAGCUGAUCCGGCAGCGCACGGUGGACCUCAGCUCGCAGGAGACUCAGUUAGCCCGCUGCCUCUCCACUCUAGAUCUGAUCGCUCUGGGGGUGGGCAGCACCCUUGGGGCAGGUGUCUACGUUCUGUCAGGAGAAGUGGCCAAGGAUCUAGCUGGCCCUUCCAUUGUGAUCUGCUUCUUCAUUGCUGCAAUCUCGUCGGUGUUGGCCGGCUUAUGUUAUGCAGAGUUUGGAGCCCGUGUGCCCAAGGCUGGCUCUGCCUACCUCUACAGCUAUGUGACUGUUGGGGAGAUUUGGGCCUUCACCACAGGAUGGAACCUUAUCCUCUCUUAUAUGAUAGGAACAGCUAGUGUGGCUCGGGCCUGGAGCUCCACUUUUGACCACAUCAUUGGAGACCACAUCUCUGCUUUUUUCCACAACAGAACAGCCUUGCAUGUGGAAAACGUGCUGGCUGAGUAUCCAGACUUCUUUGCUCUCUUCUUGGUCUUGCUUCUUACAGCCUUGUUAUCAUUUGGAGUGAGUGAAUCUGCCCUGGUGAACAAGAUCUUCACGGCCAUCAACUUGCUUGUCCUCACCUUUGUCAUCAUUGCUGGUUUCAUAAAAGGAGAUGUCAAGAACUGGAAUUUGUCUGAAGAAGAUUUUCAGAACCGAUCACAGGAAUCUGGAAACAAAGCGGGCCCCUUUGGUAAUGGCGGCUUUUUCCCCUUUGGCUUUGAGGGGAUUCUGUCGGGAGCUGCCACCUGCUUCUAUGCCUUUGUUGGAUUUGACUGUAUUGCAACAACAGGGGAGGAAGCACGUAACCCCCAGCGGGCAAUCCCCAUUGGCAUCAUCGUCUCCCUCCUCAUCUGCUUUGUGGCCUACUUCGGAGUUUCUGCUUCCUUGACUUUGAUGGUUCCUUAUUUCCUGGUGGACAAGGAGAGUCCCCUGCCGGAUGCCUUCAAGGCUGUGGGUUGGGAGCCUGCCCGCUAUGUUGUUGCCAUUGGCUCACUCUGUGCCCUCUCUACAAGCUUGCUUGGCUCCAUGUUCCCCAUGCCACGAGUGAUCUAUGCCAUGGCUGAAGAUGGGCUUCUCUUCAAGUUUCUGUUCCGGGUACAUAGCCGGACCAAGACUCCCUUGGUGGCCACUGUUGUGUCAGGCAUCAUUGCUGCCCUGAUGGCAUUUCUCUUUGAGCUGAGGGACCUGGUCAACCUCAUGUCCAUUGGUACUCUGCUGGCCUACUCCCUGGUGGCUGUCUGUGUGCUUAUCCUCAGGUAUCAACCUGAGCCAUGCGCCUACUCCAAAGAUGUGGAAAUGCUCGAGAUGAACGGAAGCGAAGAAGAGAAAGUGAUCAUGAAUCUUGCAGUCAGCGACAGCCAAACUAGACUCAAAGAAAAGUUUACUUGGAAGAAGCUUUUCUGCCCUUCUGAGGAUAUGCCAACUGGCAUCUCUGGGCGCAUUGUCUACAUCAGCAGCACUGUCAUCUCUGUCAUGAUCACUGCUUUGUGCGGCAUCCUCGCACAGAACUGGGAAGCACUCUUGGAAAGGAGUGUUGGCUGGGUCCUGGCCUCUGCGCUUCUCCUGGCUGUUUCGGUUCUUGGCACCAUCAUCAUCUGGAGGCAGCCAGAAAGCAAGACUCGUCUCACUUUCAAAGUUCCUGCCCUGCCACUCCUCCCGCUGCUCAGUAUCUUCGUGAAUAUCUAUCUGAUGAUGCAGCUGGAUGCAGGGACUUGGGUCCGCUUUUCAAUUUGGAUGGCCAUAGGCUUUGCCAUUUAUUUUGGCUACGGGAUCUGGCACAGCGAAGAGGGGCAGGUGGCUCGGCAGUCCCAGUCAGCAUCCACUAAGCCUCUGGAUUCGCCUAGCGCUGACCUGAACCAAGACAUGGCGACAUGAGAUGGUGGAAGUUUAUUCCCUGGUCACCAUCUGUACACGAUGGGUGCUCAGUUUUCUCACCCUACCUCCUGACCUUCCCCGACAAAAGCAGGAGACAAAUGAAUCCUAGGUCUCUCUAGCAUACGGUAAUAAACUUGCAUCAAUCAUGUCAUCCUGCAGAAGAGGCAAAUGAAGCCAACACCGGGCAGAAGGUGAGGUAGAUACAAAGCACAGCCAAUUCCUCUGGUCUUGGGGCGGGGCGGGGGGGCGGGAAGGGGAUCUAACACCUGAAAGUGAAACUCAAUGUCUGUAUUAAUUCCAUCUGGCCUGCUUGGCCAGGGGGCACCUUUGUCUACAUGUACAUCAAAAUGUCAAGAUGUUUGAAGCCCCUUUAUACCCUGCAGUUAUAAAGCUUUCUGUUUUUCUUUUUUAACUAUUGUUUCUGGGUUGUUGUGCAAAAUGUUAAGUGUUUUGUAUGAUUAAAACUCCCAAAGACGGUUGGUUUGUUUUUUUAAAGGAAGAUUUACUCUAA